AUGUUGACCCUGGCUAAAGCUAUUGCCAUACUCGCCUACACCGGCGCAGUUACUGCCACACCCGUCCCAGAGGCCGGUGCCUCUUUUAGCCUCGAGUCGACAGAAGCCCAUGGCACCCCCGUGCAUCAGCUCGAGCACAUCGUCAACAUCAAGCGCAGGUUCGGCGGCGACGUGCACCCCGAGCUCGCAGAGGCUGCAAACCAGUUUGCUGCAAAGAGACACGCCACAUUGGCCGCUCGUCAGGCCACCGGCACCGUAUUUGGUAAAAGUCCUGAUCCAUGGGACACGGAGUUUGUGUAUCCUAUACAAAUUGCUGGCAAGACUUUCCGUGUCUUCGGCACUACGUCAGCCUCCGAUACUUGGGUCUAUUCCUCUGCCCUACCCGCGAAGCAGGCUGCCGGCCACGCAGUCUACAACAUUAACCCUGCGCAUAAGAAAGCAGGAAACUUCAGCUUUGGAUACGACGGCGCGAAUGCCCAGGUAGAAGGCGAUUUAUACGUUGAGCCCAUCACCGUUGGCGGCAUAACCGCCAAAACAACCUUCGGCGCCGCCACCGGCGCCAUCACUGAAUUCACCUCUGACCAAAGUGCCGACGGCUACCUCGGGCUCGGCCCCACGGAAUACACUUUCCUCGGCGACGACAUCGGUACCGAAAAAACCUGGUUCGUCAACGCGCUCUCCCAGCUCGCAAAGCCCGUCUUCGCCGUCGCCCACGCAAAGGGCCGUGGCGUCUUCGAAUUCGGCUUCAUCAACAACAACAAGAUUAACGGGGCUAUCACGUGGGUCGACAACGUCCUCGAGGACUACUGGGCGGCGUACAGUUUCUACGGCGAGGGCUGGAGCGUCGGCGAUCAGAGCGCAAAGACGAGCCCGCGAAAGAUGAAUAUCCACUUGAAUGCCGGCACAGAUGUUAGCUUCACGGACCCAGAUAUCGUAAGAGAGUGGUACUCCAAAAUCCCUGGCGCUGUUACAAAGCGCGACCAAGGCUACACGAUCCCGUGCAACAGCAAGCCCCCAGACUGGACCGUCGUGAUCGCCGGCCGCAAGUUCUAUACGCCAGGCUGCCAGCUCAUCUCUCAGCCCGUCGACCACGCGGGCAAGACUUGUCUGGGUGGUCUGCAGAAUAUCGGUGGAGGUGUGGAUUUCCAUCUGUUCGGCACAAACUUUUUCAAGGGCAAAUAUGUCAUUCAUGACUUCACAAACCCAAAGAAGGUUAAGCUUGGGUUUGCGCUGCAGCCUGGUUCCAGGUAA